CGAAUACAGUAUCACAAGUAUCAGCCAAAAGCGAAAGACAGAAAAGAGAAACAAACUUAAAUUCCUGUAGCAAUAGACAAUGAAAUUUAACAUUUCGAAUGCUUUGUAUAUAUUACUUACACUGGAAAUAUUCCCGCUGACAGAGCUCACGGAUGUUCAUGUAUCUAAAAUCAAAGGUACUGACGGAGACAGAUGCGGCAGCUUCUCUUCACCUUGUGCAUCCAUCGGUUAUGCAAUCAAGUAUAUAGGCAAAGCAAGAGACGUUAUAAGACUUGAUGGUGGACAGCAUGAACAACUAACUUAUAUCGUGCCAGCAACAAUUUAUUUUAAGUUUGAUUUGACUUUGACAAAUUACAACCGGGAUUCCAAACAGCCGCUAAUAACCACUUAUUCCAAUGCAACUUUAAAAUUUUUGUUCGCUACGGACGGAAAAGAAAUAAAAUAUCUUCAUCUUUCAAAUAUAACUUUUCUUAUGGUGCCGAAAGUUUUAAAAUUCCAAACCAGAAAAGUAUUUGCUACCAUUGAAAAUUGUGCUUUUAACCAUAUAUAUGGUCAUGUAUUUACUGGACACCCGGGUGAUAAUAAUGUUCUAACGGUAAAGAAAUCUCACUUUUACAGUUCUAACCUUCUUGAGUUUGGUCCAAUGUAUGCUGGCAGAGUAUUACUCCAGGCUUGUGAAAUAAAAAAUCCACAACGUGUUUAUAGGACGAUAAAUAUUAAAGGAAAAUUUCAAUUUCUGAUGGAUAAUUGUUAUUUUUCUAAUCUCUCUGGCACGAUUGAACUGGAAUCUACAGGUAGAAAGGGAAGUAAAGUGACAAUUCAGAAUUCAACAUUUGUUGGCUCAUCCAGUGCUGACAUAAGCAUUAAACAUAUCCAGAAUGUACAUAUAAUCAAUUCUACUAUUAAAGGAUUAAUUGGAGGUGGAUCGACUGUAAACUUGCGUUAUAUUCAACAACUUAUCAUAACAGAGAGCACAUUUAUCAACAACACUGCUUUUCAAGGGGGCGCUCUGGAGAUUUACAAUGUUACAAAAGCGUUCAUCUUUAACUGUAAGUUUGUUAACAACUCUGCAGAAUAUGGAGGGGCGAUUUACAACGUUGCUUUUGAAACACAUUUGCAAAUCAACAAUUCUAUAUUUGCCUCAAAUACUGCAAGUCGAAUAGGAGGAAGUAUAUGCUUAUCAUCGGCUUCACAUAAAAGGAUAUUUAUGGAACAACUGACUCUUUUUAAUGUAAAGUUUACUGACUUCUCCAAUAAGAAACCAAAUAUUGGUCAUUAUUUAUUUUCCGAUGGCCCAAUCAACUUAAAUCAAGUUUUAAUGAAGAUGAAAGAUAAAAUUAGUCAUGAAUUUAUUAACCCAUUUAUAUGCAGUUUAGGCUGUCACAAUUCUUGGUUCACAAAAUUUACACUUGAAUGUCCUCGUAAUUAUAAAACUGUACCCACCAAAUCAGGGCUUCAAAAAUCAAUAUUUUCUCUACGCUGUUUAAAAUGCGCGAGUGGAAAAUACAGCUCUCAAGGCCAAUCUAUGGAAUUAAAUAGUCUGUUUAUUCGAUUUAUUAUAAGGAUCAAUACCACUACCACUGAAAUGACAUGUCACAAUUGUCCAAACGGUGGAAACUGUGAAAAUGGUCUAAUUAGUAAAAGCAAUUUCUGGGGAUACAAGACAAGGCAUAACAGCGUUAAGUUUUUACCUUGUCCAGCCCAUUACUGCUGUUCAGACAAAACAGAAAAGUGCACAUCUUAUGACACGUGCAAUGCAAAUCGUGAGAAAGAACUUUGUGGAUCAUGCAAGCUCGGAUACAGGUUGAAUUACUUUAAUGCUGAUUGCAUCAGGACAGGCAGCUGCAAAACAUAUAUAUUUUGGUGCUUGUUCUGUAUUCAUGGAAUUCUUUAUACAACAUUUCUGGCCUAUUAUAAAGAUAUUAUCGCAUUUCUUUUUCGAAUUGUUAAGAAAAAAAUAAAAUAUAGUGUCUCUAGCGAUACUGGAUCCUUAGUCACCCCUCUGUUGGACGAAACAGAUUGCGAUCAGAUGAUAUUGCCUUUCGAAGGCACUAUUGAAAGUACACUUAUUGCAGAGGACAUAAAUAUCAAGCCAAAUCUGACAAGUAAACUAACUCAGAGGCGAAGACAGAAAAAUGACAUAGACAGUACUGUCUAUGCAAUUGGCUUUAAAACAAUCAUAUUUUUCUUUUAUCAAACUCACGCAUUGCUCAGUAUUGAACACAAUUUAAAAACAUCGCAAGGAUUUGUCUCAAAGAUCAAAGAAGUAUUUUUGUCUAUUAUGAACAUACAAUUUAUUUCUACUGGAAUGGCAAACCUUUGUCCUAGCGACACUCUAACAACAACUGGAAAAGCAUGUAUUAAUUUAGCCCUUUCCCCUACCGUUGUUGUAUAUUUGUUGCUUGUGGUGUUUGCUAAGAAGAUUUAUGGGCAAUGCAAACGGUAUAAGAGUACAGAGAAUGGGAAUAAACCUUUGCUUGAAACAAGAGCUGGAGCCUGUUAUGUUCAGCUGAUGUUGCUUAGUUAUACUUCAAUCUCAGUAUUCUGUUUCAAAUUAAUCAAUUGUGUACAAAUCAACGAAACUGAACAUUUAUACAUUCAAGGUAACAUUACGUGUUUCAAGUGGUGGCAGUAUCUGAUUGUAUGUAUAAUUCUGUUCUGGACUGUUCCAUUACCACUAUCGAUCUAUUUGUCCAAAACGAUGCUGCGAUCAAAUAAAAUCACAUUACAGCAAUUUUUUAUUUGCUUCACACUUCCUGUUGCUUCACUUGGUUUCUACAUGCGUUCGAAAAUCCUUUACAGAAAAACAUUUCGAAUUGAUUACACCGAAAAACAGCAAAGGCAAAUCGAAUACAUUUUGCAUUUGUUUACUGGUCCUUACAGAGAAAGAAAAGAUGGGAAAGGUUUCAUUGAUUGGGAAACUGUAGUAUUGGUGCGUCGUAUUAUCAUAACGGGUUUAUGUGUUUGCAUUAUCAAUCCUGUUUUGAGAAUGCUCGUCAUGUUACCAGUGCUGUUUUCCUUCUUUCUACACCAUUUGUACACCAAACCAUUUCGAAGCAAAUUCUUAAAUCACAUGGAAACGAUAUCAAUGUCGUUAUUGUUACUCUUCAAUGCUAUGAAUUUGUUUUGGGCGUUCUACUAUAUCAAUGAUUUGACAGGUAUGCCGGAUGUGACCAUGAUUGGCAUAGUAUUGACAUGGAUAGAAGACAUCGUUCUGCUACUACCGUUGCUUUUCCUAAUCGUAGCUUUAUUCUAUGCUUGCUUUAAAAAGGUAAAAUUGAUUAUCAAAACGUGCUGUAUAAAGAAAACAGAUUAAAAAACAUCAUUCUCACGUCGCAAUAAGAUUGGUAACCAUGUAACACUGUUUGUUCCUUAAAACUUUUUGAAUUUUAUAGUAAUACUUUUGUGUAGUAGAUAAUUCUUUGACAUUAGUGUUCUUUGCAUGAAUUUGACAAAUUGAAGAACAUGGUGGAAAUUAAUAGUUUAGAACUUAGUUUUAACAUUUUCAGUGUUCGAUUUUGCAAGCGCGUUACAUAUCAUUAUAUUUGUUAAAGAAAAAUUCCCGUGAGCCUCAAAGGUAAAACCUAUCGUAUUUAAAUCAUACUAUUCAAGUACACUCUACUGAAGUCUUAAAAUAGUGUCUUGGUUUACUUUUUAAAGUCUCGUUUCGAAUAUAUACAAAAGAGUUUCAUUCUCGUGCAUCUGGUGCUUCUCCGUUGUAGUUUUUUACUUUACACUGUGAUACACAGACGUUGAGUAUUCCUAAAACCUUAUUAUUUAAGUUUUGGCUUUAUAUUUAUAAAUCAUUGUACUUUUACAUUGUACUUUGUAUAAAAGGUGGAGGUGUAUCAAAACAAAAAUUACUUUUGGCAUAUAUAACUUUGUAAGCAAAUUAUAUUUUAUUGAAAAGAAUUAAGAUAAAAAUGUUUGUUAUUUAAUAUAUUCCUUAACAAUUUAUAUUGUUCAUUUACAAUUAUUAUUAUCCUAUUAUAAGCCUUCCUAAAAAUAAACAAAUACCCACUUAGUACUUUAUUUAUCCGUAAAGUAAAAAGCAAAAAUUUUCAGGCGAGGAUUUUUUCUUCUUAUACUUGAUCUGCUGGCAUUCUAUAGAUGGUGUAGAAGAUUUCUAUACCUUCUCUUGUACACAAGAAUUGGUAAUUAUUUGGCAUGUAAUUUACAUUCUGAAGAAUAAUAUUAGGUAUUUUAACUCUACAGUGCUUGUUUACUUUUAUUUAUUUUUCUUCUUGAUGUUUUUCUCGAGCGUAAGAUAUGUAUAAUAAAUUAAAUGGUGAAUUGGGUUAUGAAAAAAAGAAUAUUAUAAGAAAGAGAAAUGAAACACGAAUUGUUUUUUAGCAUCUUGACAAUUUUGCAUAAUUUUGUAAACAACUUAUAACAGAGUCGGAAUAGCUAUAAAACUUUACAAAAAUUUGUUUGGCAGGUAAAUUUAAAUGUUUUUUGAACUCAAAACCACUGUUUUCUUUUUUGUUCAAACAUUUUAACAAGUUCAGAAGGUUUAUGGCUAUUGUUAUUGCUUUUAGACCAUAAAAGUCAUUAAUUUGUUUAUUUUUAAGCCCUACCUAAUGUUCAAUAUCAUUUUUCUGUAAAACUUCAGCGAUUUUAAAUUGACAACUGGUUCCUGAGUACUUACUUUAAUGGUAAAGUGUGAAGAUUAUAGAUUUUACUUAUACGGCCAUUUAAAGAAAACCCCGCUUUUGCUUAUGCCAGGGUGCUACUCGACACAUUCACUCAAGCCAC